AUGGAAGAUGAUUGGGAAGAUUUCCCAUUCGAUGACAACUCAUCAAAUUCAGAUGGAGGGAAUGAUGAUGAUACAAAACAACAAGAAGAAUACAUAAUAGUAAAUGGAGAUCAUUAUUUUCCUCAUCAUAUACCUUCGAAUAUCCCACCUUUUACUCCUCAUCCAACUUCUUUACCUGAACCUAAUACUAUUUUACCGGAAAUCGAUUUGGAAAACAUACGUCCACCAAAAGAAAAUCCUUUCCCGGAAAACGAAUUAGAUGAGGUUUUAUCUUCCACUCAAGAGGAAGUCACUGGAACUGGGUAUUACGUCUCGGAAGAUUCUUGGGCUAGAAAUUGGGAGAAACCUAAAGUUUGGGAUGAAGAAAGGGGAGAGAUCAGAAAAGUUCAGUGGGAAGGUUUUGAUGGGAUAGGAACGGAGGUGGAAGAUGUUAAACAUGGUGGGAAGGGUGGGAAGGGUGGGAAAGGAAAUGAAGAAAGAAUGAAGAAAUGGAGAGAAAGUAAGAAAAGGAGAAAAUUAAGAGAAGAAAGGAAACAAGCUGUUAGAAGAGGUUUUAUACAUGCUUGGCAAGGAUAUAAAGAUCAUGCUUGGGGUCAUGAUGAAGUAAAACCUGUCUCGCAACAACCUAGUAAUCCUUUCAACAACUGGGGCGCUACCAUCAUCGAUUCCCUCGACACCCUCCUCCUCCUCGGUUUCCCUGAAGAAUACACACUAUGUCGACCACACAUAAACCAACUCAACUUCCACUGGAUCUCCGGUCGUGAUUGGCGUCACCCAUACAUUUCCCCAACUCUGGUCGUUCCGACUACCGACCCUGACUCCUCCUCUCAACCCCUUACCAUCCAUCGUGAUCAUAACAUCGGUUUACCGGUAUUCGAAACUGGUAUCCGUUAUCUUGGUGGACUUUUAGGAGCCUACGACUUGACUGGUGAUCAAUUACUUCUCGAUCGAGCUAUCGAUCUCGCCCAUAUCUUAGGUAGAGCAUUCGAUACCGAUUCAGGACUUCCAGCAGGACGUAUUGAUCCUGGUUCACCUGGUGGAUUUCGAUUAGGAAGCGUUUCAGCCGCAGAAGUAGGAAGUAUGACACUUGAACUUAUAAGACUUUCACAAAUAACAAAAGAUCGUCAAUGGUUUGAUUUAUCACAAAGAGCAAUUGAUUUUAUCGAAAAUCGUAUUAUUCCAAGAGUCCUUCAUCCACCUUUGGUACCAUUAUGGUUUACACCAAAUUCACCUUUUUCUCAACAAUUGAACGGUGCUAUCAGUUUUGGUGGAUUAGCAGAUAGUUAUUACGAAUAUUUAAUCAAGACGUAUAAAUUAUUAGGUGGUACUACAGUUUCAAAACAAUAUUCGAAAUUAUAUUCCGAUUCGAUCGAUACAGCUAGGAAAGUUUUAUUAUACGG